AUGCGUUUCACGGAUGAACCACCUGGGGCACGAGACUUCGCGUGCUCCUACAUGCAUACUCUCAACGUCUUCUCGGUCAAGCUUGCUGGACUACAUCGGGAUUUGGCAUGGCCAUGGCAUGUGUUCGGCAUCAUCGCCGCACGCGACACUCUGGAUCACAAUCGCAAUAUCAUCUUCCAUCGCACCAGGGAUAACUGUCAAAUCAUCCAUCAGAAGGAUCCCUACCUAGAAUUGACAGGUCCUAUCCGUGGCAUCGUGGUGAUUGAUCCCGUGAAAUUUGAGGUUGUGCUGAAAGCAAAGGGCUCCACUGAAUCCGAGGACAAAGAUUUAAGCUUUCUGGUUGUGCGGGAGUACUUAAGUGACGGUAGUCAGAGUCGGUCACUUGCGAUCAACAAAAUCAGGACUAGCAAGCUUAGCACACUAGAGUUGACAUUCGGCCACAUUGUUCGCUCUGUGGAGGCCACGAUUAGUGUGAGAGUGAUUGGCGGGUCAUGGCCAGAUGGGUUUCGAGGUGUAUUUACCGCUGCCACUGGCAGCAUAACCCACAUGAAGUUCUUGUUGCUUUCUUUUAGAAACUGUAAGUUUCCUGUCAAGUCCGACGGAAUGAUCUUGCUGUCACGCUGUGUUGUUUACGUCGAACUCGAUGGAGAGCUCGGGGUUUCCGUCAUGGCACGGUGCGAAGACAAGGAGACAACUGUUGAUCAGAGUGAUGAUAACGUUUUUACACCUAAGAAAGCCGGUAGAAGCCAUGAUAUCCUCAAGAUUGGGCCGUGUGAGAUGGAAGUCACCGUGGCCUGGUCCGUUUUCUCGGAUCGUAUACUUGUGCGUGGCGGAUAG